AUGGCAAAAGUUAUGGAAGGCAUUACUUGCACUAGACUAUUGAAGGACUUGAAAGGAAAAAUCGACCCUCGCCAAUAUGCCCGCAAAGGGCACUCAACAACAGAUGCCCUUCUCUACAUGAUGCAAACAAUUCAUGAGGCAUUGGACGGGGGCGAAGCUGGUGCUCGUAUCUUCUUCGCAGACUUCUCAAAAGGUUUUGACCUAAUUGACCACUCUAUUUUAAUACAAGAACUGUAUAAGCUCCAGGUUCACCCUGCCUUGCUGUCCUGGAUCUCAGCCUGUUUAUUCAAUCGUAGGCAGGCGGUUAGAAUUGGUAGUGUCCUUUCUCAAUGGCAAACUCUGAAGGGAGGAAUACCCCAAGGGACUAAACUCGGAGUGGUACUUUUUAUGGUCAUGACAAAUAGCUUACUGGCUAAUUGGCAUCUCCGUACAAAAUUCGUGGAUCGGAUACUUCAGCCUUCGAGAUUAUUCCUAGGAACUCUAUCAGCCUCCUUAAUUUUGCAGUCUCUGAUAUACAUGAAUUUGCUAAUGAACAUAACAUGAAGCUCAAUCCUAAGAAGUGUAAGGAAAUGCUUAUAAACUUCCUACAUAACCCCAAUUUCUUACUCCGACCAAUCCAAAUUGGUAACAAUAUUAUUGAGCGUGUGACAACGUAUAAAUCUUUGGGUGUCAUUUUCAGUAGCGACCUAAAAUGGAAUCCCCAUAUCGAAUACAUUGUUAAGAAGGUUAACAAAAAACUAUACCCUUUAAGAGUCCUGCGAAGAGUUGGGGUUGAUCAAAAGAAUUUACUGAAAGUGUACCUGUGCACAGUAAGACCGUUACAUGAGUACGCCGUCCCUAUUUGGCAAAACAUUCCGGAUUAUCUAUCGAAGGAAAUUGAGUCGGUCCAAAAACGAGCACUAAAGAUAAUUUUCUCGGAGAGCGAGUCAUAUGCGGAGGCCCUGAAUUUUGCAAAACUACCAACUUUAACCACAAGAAGAGUGCAAAUAUGUCAGAAAUACAUGGUCAGAAUGAGGCGAGAAAACCAUCCCUUAUUGCCAAUCCCUGUUGUUCCUGACCAUGACAUUCAUUUGAGACAGAACACUGAUCGAUUUUAUCUAUUUAAUAAUGUUACUGAUUGCAGAACAAUUAAAGCUCAAUCCUUUUUUACAUUUAAAUACUCUUAAUAUGUUGUUCCUGACCAUGACAUUAAUUUGAGACAGAACACUGAUCGAUUUUAUCUAUUUAAUAAUGUUACUGAUUGCAGAACAAUUAAAGCUCAAUCCUUUUUUACAUUUAAAUACUCUUAAUAUGUUAAGAUUUUUUUUUUAAUAUAUAUGAAAAUUGUAAAUAAUUAUGCGGGCACUAUUUACUAUUUUGGCAAAUGCCUAAUGAUUUUAACUCUUGUAAAGAGCCUAGAUUCUAAAGCAUAUCCAUGUACUAUUUUAUAGUAUAUUUUUAUCUAUUGUAAAGUACUCGUUAAUUCAGUUGUUUCUGUAACUGCAAGAGAGUCCUAAUAAACUAUUACUAUUACUAUUAUUACUAUUAUUACUGGCGAUGACUUUCGUCCUGAUCUACUACUAUUUUGACCAUAAACAAUUGUCUAUAUGUACUCGAACUAACCGUUGUAUAUGAGACUAACCUAAGGAAUAAUAUACAGCGCAAAUACUCAAAAUAUAAAGAGAUGAUCGUAGACGCAAAAGAAAAAAUUCCGGCCAGUAAAGUUCAUUAACCUUUCAAUCAGUGCAAUCGGUGUUUUUGUAAAAGAAUCGUCAGAUUUUAUACAAAUGUUGGAACAUUUUGAACUCAGAUAAGGCCUGUGUUAAGUAUACCAUUAGGAAAAUCCUGAUUAACAUUGCAAUAAGAACGACAUAUUACGUUUUCUGUUGUAGAAACAAGGAUUGGUCGAAUCCAAAUUUGAUGAAUUUCUAGUUAGUCUGUUACUUUUUGUAUCAUAUAAUUAUGACCAUCGGUUAUGUAAAUGUGGUAAUGUAUAGUGUAUCAAGUAGCCAAUUGUAAAUUACCUUUAACAGUGAGAUUUUCAAUUGUAAUGCAUAAAAAAUUCAAUAAAGUUUUCAUUAUUAUUAUUAUUAUUAUUAUUAUUAUUAUUAUUAUUAUUAUUAUUAUUAUUAUUAUUAUUAUUAUUAUUAUAAAGAUAAUAAUAAUAAUAAUAAUAAUAAUCAAUAAUAAUAAUAAUAAUAAUAAUAAUAAUAAUAAUAAUAAUAAUAAUAAUAAUAAUAACAAUAAUAAUAAUAAUAAUAAUAAUAAUAAUAAUAAUAAUAAUAAUCUGUCUUUCUUUCUAACAAAUAACAAAUUUGGCCUGAGUAUUUAUCCUCCAUCUGUAAAAUUUAUCCAGUGUCAAACAGUCCUCCGAAAAGCUUUAAAAUCUUCUCCUAAUGAAUCAACUAACGACCUGUGGAGAGCAACCAGUAACCAUACUAAUAUCCAAUAUAACGCUUAUAACUUUACUAAGGAAGUUCUCAAAGAUUUCCGUUCUGGACACGAAAACAAACUCCUAAACCAAUUAACCAGUCAAGGAUCCUUUUUCUGCAGCGUCACGAAGUUCGCUUUUCCUCAGCUUAGCAAGGUGUGGUCCGUCGCCCAAUCAAAGCUCCCGAAAAACAUUUACAACUUUACCAUUCGUUACAUUAACAACUCUCUUCCGACGUGCAAAAACCUAAACAGAUGGGCAAUAUCUUCAAAUUCAGACUGUUCUUUUUGUCUUAGCCCUGAAACAUUACUACACAUAGUAGCUGGAUGUCAGUUUUAUCUCGACCGACUUACGUGGAGACACAAUUCAGUCCUGAACUUUCUUGCUCAUCAGUUACAAACUGUUGACGGUUCUACUCUCUACGCUGAUCUAAAUGGAUUCAAAAGCCCUUCAAUACUUACUGGUGAUACGUAUCGCCCAGAUUUGUUAUUAUCGUGCUCAAAUGGUUCCUUAUAUGUGGUUGAACUCACCACUGGUUAUGAGACAAACCUCAAAAACAACGUAAAACGGAAGAAGGAUAAAUAUAGAGAAUUAUUGAGACAGCUAGGUAAAAAUUUUAACCAAGUUAAAUUUAUAAAUCUCUCCAUCAGCUCUUUAGGUAUUUUUGCAGAAGAAUGUUAUACAGUUUUAGACAUGUUAGAUAGUAUUGGUCUUGACAAAAACCACCAAAUGUACUGCGUUAGGAAAAUGAUGACUAUUGCUAUUAGAACUACAUAUUACAUUUUCUGUUGCCGAAAUAAGGAAUGGGAAAAUCCGGAUUUACUAACAAUUUGACUUAUCUCCUUGUAUAUAUAUAUAUAUAUUGCAUGCACUUUGUUCUGUUAUUUUAGUUUAGUAUAAUUGUGAUUCAAAUAGCCAACCGUAAGUUACCUUUAUGAGAGAGAUUUACGAUUGUAUAUGUAUGUAAAGAAAAACAUUUAAUAAAGUUUCCAUUAUUAUUGUUUUUUAUAAUAAUUAUUUUUUAAAUUAUAUAAUACACACUCUAGAACAUUUUCAUCUAUAUUUUUUAUAUAUAUAUAUAUAUAUAUAUAUAUAUAUAUAUAUAUAAACAAACUCAUUAAUAAUUAAGGAGCAAAACACAAAGAAAAAUCAUAAGAUGUUCUCGGUUUAGACAAAGUUUAUUUUAAAAAUUACUUCGCCAAUGAACUCGUUUAAGAUGAGUCGUUUUUUAAGCCAUUUAAUUAAAGCACUUGUAGUCAUGUUUUAUCACAUAUAAAACACUCCGCUACGCGUCGUGUUUUAUAUGUGAUAAAACACUCCUACGCGUGCUUUAAAUAGUACAUAUAUAUAUAUAUAUAUAUAUAUAUAUAUAUAUAUACAUAUAUAUAUAUAUAUAUAUAUAUAUAUAUAUAUAUAUAUAUAUAUAUAUAUAUAUAUAUAUAUAUAUAUAUAUAUAUAUAUAUAUAUAUAGGUUUGAAAAAUCACGUAAAGGCCGCCAAAUCGCGUUUUCCACAUGGCGAAGUUGUUUGCGUGAAGCGUCUUUGUCGACAUCGCUUUUGCUGACGUGAUGAGCAAUGCUGACAAAGGAUAAAGCAGCUGCGCGCGAACAAAUUUGCCCGAAGGAGAACAGUUUGUGCUUGGUUCUUUCUUGUACAUUGAAGGAUUUUCUCAGCAAUCUCUGUCCUGGGUUUUCCUCUCUCUCGGGAGUGAAACCACUCUACUUUACUAGCUGCACUCCAUGGCGACAACCAAAGCCGCAUUAGUCAGCCUUCGACUCAGUGACGUUUCGCGUAAUUCAGAUCUCAACUGAAGGAAUAGGUGAUUAUUACACCCUAACCUCAUUUUGUAUGAAUUUCGAUUGCAGAGUCAAAAACUGAUUACAGUGCGAAGUUUGCGAACUGUACGAAAAAUCCAGUCAAUCUGAUACAUCGGUGUCACAGUCAUCCUUGCAAACCUCAACAAAGAUACCGUUUCACGCAUAUCGACGCUGUCCGACCGGCAACAUAUCUAGCGUACAAACAGUGCUUGCCUGGCAGUGUAGCGUUAAAAAACAACACGUCUACAAAUCAAAUUACAUUAAUAAAUAAUAAAGUGAAGUUUGUCAACCUUACAAGUGAUAUUUCAUGCAAGGCUAAUGAUGGGAAGAAAGCUGAACCACAACUAUGCCCCCAACACUACAACGCAAAAUACACGAAACCAUACAAUUGCAACGCAAAAUAUCACUCUAAAAAUUGGGAAGCAACGAGGAUCAACGCAAGAUUGAAACCCGCGUGA